AUGUCGAAUGCUGGGUAAGUUUAUCUUUUUUGAGUAGGGGAUAACUGUAAAGUUAUAUGAACUUAUGAAAAAUGUUGAACUAUCUGAACUUCAAAAAACGCAAGUUUCGAAAAAAAAAAACAAUAAGAUUUCUAAACAUUAUUGAUGAAAGAUAAUAUGGGCAAAUAUCUAUCAUAUUCAAAAAAUCAUAUAUCAAAUACCAAAUCAAAAAUACAUGACUAAUUUUUAUCCCGCCUGGAUUUCUAAAAACCAAACCAGUAACUAUUUAGAAAAAUUAAUUUGAUAUUUAUUUAAUAAAGGAGAUAUAUUCACGUGACACAUGUUUCGGAACCAUUUCUAGAAAAAAUUCAAGUUUUCACAAUAUAAUUCAACACUAAAAAAUCUGUGACUCAUUUUAACCCGUCUGGGUUUUCGAAAACUACAAUGACUAGUUGUGAGGUUGUUCUAAAAUAAUCCAAUCAUUUUUAUAAAAAAUUUUCUCUCACCUAUAGGUGAGAGAAAAAUGAAAAUAAAAUUUUUUAAAGUCGAGAAGUUUUCAAGAAUAUAUUGAUUUCACGAUUACAAGAAACUCUGUUGUUAAUCUAGAAAAUUAUUAGUACCGCCUUAUUAAAAACAGAUCUGAAAUUAUAUAAUUUAAUAAUUUUCAGAAAAUGAAAAUGCAUAGUUCAGGUGCCAUUUUCAUAAUUAUUUUGGAAGUUAAUUUCGAUUUUUCUCGUGUUGAAAGUGAUAAAAGUUGGAAAGAUUUCCAAAAUUCAUUUUUUCCUAUUUUUUUCACGUGGCAUUCCUGAGAAUUUUAAAAAAAAUUAAUAAAUAAAUUUAUUUAUUUUCUCAAUAAAAUGUGUUUUUCCUGAAAUAGUUCAAGAAAAUUUUCAGCUUAACUUUUAUCACGAGAAAUUUCGUAAUUUUCAAAAAUAUUUUUGUGAGCGAUUUUUGAAGAAGCAAAAAUCAUUAAUUCGAUUUAUUAUUGUUUUUGCCUUUUCUGCUUCUUCUCGCACAUUUAUUGCCAUUUUUCCAUCUGAUUUUUCCAAUAUUUUUCUGAUUUUUUUUUUUGGAAAAAUGAAUUUUUUGUUACUCAAAAAACGUAAAAAACAGUGAGUCUUUCAAAAAUUCCCCCAAAAUAUCAUGCAAUUAUUUAUAUAUUUUGUGUCUGUGUUGAAAAUGACACCUUUUUGGAUAACUUUCGAGGUAUGAGGUAAUAUUUAAAACAGAAGUGAAACGAAGUUCAGCCAAUUAUCAAUUUUGUGUCGAUUCGAUGCAUUCAAAAAACAUUAAAAAUAUAGAGAUUUAGAGAUUUAGAGAAAAAUAUAAUAGGGAUAACUUUUUGUGAGCGCGAAAAUAUUUGUACUUGUUUUGUGUUGGACAUCAUUUUGAAGUGUACUUUGGUACUACAUGCUUAGAGGUUGGUUAAGAAAUAUUAGAGAUAGAAUUUUGAACAAAACCAGUUAAAUAUUUUUAAAUCCGAUAAAUCGUAUACAUCAGUAAUUUUUUGGAUGAAGAUUUCAAAAUCAGAUGACUGUAGAUUAGUAGUUCAGAAAUUUGGCUUGAAAGUUAUUAUCGAUUUUCCAAUCAGCUCUCAAAAAAGGUUAUAUUGUCAAUAAAAUAUUAUAAAAGUUGGUAAAUAAUGAUUAUAUUUCUUUUCUACCAAAACAUCUCAAAAGUUUUCCUCACAUUUUUGAAUACCCACCAAUUAAAAGUGCUUUGAUUUUGAGAAAAAUAAGAUAUAAACAAGAUUUACCACUAUAUUUCUGAUGAGGGAUAUUUUCAGCUUCCAAAUAUGUUACAAAUUGUUUUUACAGGCGCCGUUUCAGUACGGUGACACAAAUCAAUACAGACGGCCUACAAGCAAUGGCCAAAGGAACAGGUAAUAAUAUUCGUAUUUUUUGAAAAAAAGACAGACAAAAAUCAAAAAAAGAUCAAAUUGUUAUCUUCGGUGUUUUUCAAUAUGCAAAUAUGUAAUGAAAAUACAAAAUUAUAUAUUUUUAAAUUACAGGGAAAAUGGAAACCGUUGGAGAAGACGGUGAAUCGAGAUCUCGAAAAUUCACAACAAGUCUAGGACAUUUGGCAUUAUAUAAAGAAGAUGAAGGAACUGGUGCACCAGCUUCAUUUAUUUCUGGAUACACAACACCGGGACCAAAAGAAAGAGCAACAUCAGAACAUAAAAAGGCAAAUCUUGGAAUAAUGUUGGGUGUUUAUUUACCAACAAUUCAACAUAUUUUGGGUGUAACUAUGUUUAUUCGAUUAUUUUGGGUGGUUGGAAUGGCUGGAGUUGGAAUGACUAUGGUUCUUUUGGCGAUUUGUUGUUUAUCAACACUUUUAACAUCAAUAUCUUUAUCAGCUGUUGCUACAAAUGGUGUAGUUGAAAGUGGUGGUGCAUAUUUCAUUAUUAGUCGGAAUCUUGGAGUGGAAUUUGGAUCAGCUGUUGGAAUAUUGUUCUAUCUCGCAAAUACUGUAGCAGCAUCAAUGUACAUUGUUGGAGGUGUUGAAGUUUUACUGGUUAGUUUCAAAGAAAUAUUGCAGAUUGGCAUCAACGUCAAAUUGUGUGGCACCGAAACGAGAUUAGAAAAUAAAAAUUUUGUGUGUCGCUACAGUAAUCGUAAUCAACACACAAUACUAUGUGGAUUACUGUAAUGACACCCAAAAUUUUUAUUUUUUAAUCUCGUUUCGGUGGCACACAAUUUGAUGUUUUUGUCAUAUCAGCUCAACUGGUUCAAAUUUUUUCUAGAUGUACAUUUAUCCCGAAAUGGCAAUUGGCGGUUCUGAAGCUCUUCACGAUACUGAACUAUUCGGAACACUUUACAACAAUCUUCGAUUAUACGGCACAAUUUUCUUGAUUAUCCAAGCUUUAAUUGUGGCAAUGGGUGUGAAAUUUGUUCAACUUCUUGCUCCAGUUUCUUUGAUGUGUGUUAUUUUGGCCGUUUUUGCGUGUAUCGCUGGAGGAGUUGAAAAGGGUCUAACUGGAUCUGGAACUUAUGUUUGUUCGAUUGAUGAUCAUUUAAUACAAACGCAUGUUCUUCGAGAAGAAUCACAUAAAAAUUUGACAAAUGGAACAGUUAUGGAUAUUUGUAGCUUGUGUGAUAAAUCUUCAAGGUAAGAAAUUGGUUAGAUUCUAUAAAUUGUUUAUCAAAUUAUUUCAGUAUUGAGAAAGUGUUUUGCGGUGAUUUGAAUGAUGAAAAAAGAACCACUGAAGACGAACAAUUUUGCACACAUUUUACAUCAAAGAAAAUGACAUGUGAUAUGGGAUUUCCUGGUUUUAACAUGAAGACACUUACAGAUAAUAUGUGGGAAGAAUAUAUGGAGAAAAAUCAAGUUGUUCCAAAUGUUAUUGGAAAAGCCUCUGCUGAAGUUGUUCAAGAUGAAAGUUCGCAUUUCUUCCUUUUGAUGGCUAUUUAUUUUCCUGCUGUGACUGGUAUUUUUACCGGAACAAAUAUGAGUGGAGAUUUGGCAGAUCCUCAAAGAAGUAUUCCGAUUGGAACUAUUGCAGCAACUCUGACAACAUCAGCAAUUUAUUAUAUUCUAGCAUUGUUAUUUGGUGGUUCAAUUGAUCGAAGCAUUCUUCGAGAUAAAUUUGGGCGAUCGAUUGAUAAUACAAUGGUUGUUGCUGCACUCUCGUGGCCUCAUCCAAGUAUUGUUACGGUUGGAGCGUUUUUGUCGACUUUUGGUGCUGCUCUUCAAUGCUUGUGCAGUGAGUUUGGAGUACUGUAGUUGAAGAAAUUUUCUGAGAUCGUGAAUGAAUUUCAGAAUAGGAAUAUAUCUAUUGUUUUCACGUUAAUAAGGCUUCAAAAUUUCGGAAAAAAAACUUUUGCUUGAAAAUUUAGAUUUUUUUUGCUAAAUUAAAAAGAACAGGUUACUCAACACAUGAAUUCUCAAAGUAAAUUUCUAGUUUAUUUUUCAAAAUUUCAAUGUUUGAUUUAAGGUGCCCCAAGAUUGCUUCAGUCAAUUGCGAAAGAUGAUGUCAUCCCAAUUCUAGCUCCAUUUGCUCGAGUCACAAAAAAGAAUGAACCAUUCCUCGGUCUUAUUCUUACUGUAAUCAUAGCUGAAAUGGGAAUUCUUCUUGGCGCUGUCGAUAAAAUUGCCGAAGUUCUCGAUUUCUUCUUUUUGAUGUGUUAUGCAUUUGUGAAUAUGAUUGCAUUUCUUCAUUCAAUUUUGAAAGCUCCAAAUUGGCGUCCUCGAUUCAAAUAUUUCCAUUGGUCACUUUCUCUUCUUGGUGCAGUUUUAUGUUUUUUCAUCAUGUUUGCAUCAGAUAUUCCAAAAGCUUGUAUUGCUUGUAUUCUAACUGCUGUUAUUUACAAAUAUGUUGAAUGGAAAGGUGCGAAAAAAGAAUGGGGAGAUGGAAUGAGAGGAUUAGCAUUAUCAACUGCGCAGUAUAGUUUGUUGAAAGUUGAAGAUAAAGAUCCACAUCCGAAAAAUUGGCGACCACAAAUUCUAAUUUGCUUGACAAGUCAAUGGUCAAAAGAGCUGAUUGAUCGACGAGCAAUUUCAAUGCUAAAUCUUGGAGCACAACUAAAAGCUGGAAGAGGUCUUGCAAUUGCAUGCGCAUUUUUAAAAGGAAGUGCAGAUUCACAAAAAGAUAAAGAUCAUGCAAAACGAAUCAAACAAGGAUUAUUGAAAGAUAUGGCAACUAUUCGACUUCGAGGAUUUGCAAAAACAAUGUUUUAUAAUAAUCAUCAAAUAAAUGGAACUAUUUCCGGAUUAUAUCAAUCGAUUGGAAUUGGAGGAUUAAAACCGAAUACGGUAUUAUUAAAUUGGCCAAAUGAUAAAAGUACAGAUGAAAUCAUGCUUUUUGCAGGUAAACAAAUCAGUUUUCAAAAAGCAAAGAACGUUUUCUUUCUGAAAAAAAACCGACAAAAUAACUCUAACCAAAAUAAAAUAUUUAUAUUGCAGAAGAGAUAAUCCAUGGAGCUGCAAAUGACAAUUGUUUGAUUGUUACAAAAGGAAUAACUGAUUUCCCCGAACAUUCUGAAAGAUUAACUGGAUUUAUUGAUAUUUGGUGGAUUGUUCAAGAUGGUGGAAUACUUAUGCUGAUUGCUUAUUUGUUGAAACAACAUAAAGUUUGGAAAGGUUGCUCGCUUCGGAUUUUUGCAGUCAGCGAACAAGAUUCAGCGAAAAGUGCUGAUAUGAAAGCUGGACUUCAGAAAUAUAUUUACAUGCUAAGAAUUGAUGCCGAACUUUUUGUGAGUUUAAAAAAUCGGAGAAAAUAUUCAGAUUGAUUUGAAAAUUGAAACUACAGUAACCGUUGAAUUAAAAAAUAGUCAAGAAAUUCUCUAAUUACAUAUGUAUGUUAAUCGAAAAAUGCUGAUUCAAAUAAUUUAAAACUAUGUACUCAUAGAAUCCAUAUUUUUUAGAUCGUGGAUCUUCUCGACAUGGAAGUAUCCGACGAAGUUGUUGACAAAACAGUCGAAGUCGAAAAGAAACAAAAAGAGCGCGAAGAAUUACGAAGAAGUAAAAGUGGAUAUUUGAAUGAUGGAUAUAUGGAUGAUAUGGGAAGACCAAAAACAGCUGCAUCAAUCAGAAAUAGUGAUUCGACGAGAAGCUUCACACCAACACCAGCUCAUGUUUCUAUUAAUUUGGAUGAAAAUGAAACAUCAUUUACUGAGUGAGUGCAGUUUCUCAAUAAUUAUAUAGUUAAUUAAUGUCUUUAGUAAUAUUCUCGAUGAAUUCUAUCGUUCCGGAACUCCAACAGAAGAUGUCGAAUCUGCUACCAAAUUGAAUAUUCAUAAAAUGAAUACAUCAGUUCGUCUAAAUCGAGUAAUUCGAGAAAACUCUCCAGAUUCCCAACUUAUUCUUUUGAACUUGCCGUCGCCUCCAAGAAAUCGUGUCUCAUUCAAUAAUUCUUACAUGGUAAAAAUCGAAAAAUAGAAAAGUCAUAAAUACUAAAGUUUCAGACAUACCUUGACGUUUUGACCGAAGAAUUGCCGCGUGUUUUAUUCAUUGGUGGAAGUGGUAGAGAAGUUAUCACAAUAGAUUCAUAA